AUGGCGAAUGUUGAUGACAUUUUCAAGGCAUCAGGCUCCAGCAGCAAGCGAAAACUCGAGCAGCCAAUUCGCGACCCCAAUGAGAUUUACAAAGCUACCAAACUGAGCGACCGCACCGUCAAUCGCCAUGCCCAAGUCGAAGACGAAGUAGAAGAGACUCCCGCCGACGACGACGAAUUCGGUCCCGAAUUGCCACCGGAAGACGACGCCGGCGAUGACGAAGAGGGCCGCUUCUUCGGCGGCGGCAUCUCCAAACAAGAAUCCGAGAUUCUCGAUUUCGUCGACAAGGCCGAAGCGGGCGGCGAUCUGGGAAAGAUAGACAGCGCCUGGCUCAGAAGAACGGCGCUCAACCUCGAGAAGCUCAUCACCAAGAAUUCGGAACUGCGCGCCCGGUUCGAGGACGAGCCGCACAAAUUCAUCGACAGCGAAGCCGAUCUCGAUGCCGAAAUCAAGAACCUCUCUCUGCUUGCGGAGUCUUCGGAGCUGUAUGAGGAGUUUGUCAAGCUGGGCAGCGCAGGGAGCUUGGUCAGCCUGCUGACGCACGAGAAUACAGACAUUGCCAUUGAUGCCAUUGAGAUUAUCGGAGAGCUCACAGACGACGAUGUCGUUACGGAGACUGAGCAAUGGGACACUUUGGUCGGCGCAUUAAUUGACAGUGACCUGUUUGGUCUGCUAGUCUCCAACUUGACUCGCUUCAACGAAGACGACGAGUCUGAUCGCACGGGUGUCUAUCAUUCUCUCAGCGUGUUGGAAAACCUCAGCUCCCAGAAAGCCGUCACUACGCGCAUGUGCGAGGAGGAUGCCCUGCUAAAGUGGCUGCUGCAGCGCAUUCAGCGCACCGAGUCGCCAGUGAGCCAGAACAAGCAGUAUGCCGCAGAGAUUCUGGCCAUCCUCGCCCAGACAGCGCCGGAAAACUGUGAAAAGCUCAUCAGCCUAGACAUCGUCGACACCAUGCUCCAGCUAGUAGCUCCUUAUCGUCGGCGAGAUCCAGAAAAGGGAAGCCCGGAGGAGGAAUUUGCCGAGAAUUUAUUCGAAAGCCUUACAUGUCUGGUCGACAUCGCUGCCGGGAGAGCCAAGUUCCUCGAAGCUGAAGGAACUGAACUCUGUCUCAUCAUGAUCAAGGAGAGCAAAAAGGCAAAGAACCCGUCUUUACGCCUAUUAGAUCACGCGACAGGCGGCGCCACCAGCGUCGAGAUAUGCCAGAGAAUAGUCGAGGCAGGAGGACUGAAAACCACAUUCACCCUGUUCAACAAGACGCAGGAUAACCGCCUCGUUGGGCCGUUGCUGUCCAUCUUCUCCUCCAUGUUACGAUUAUUGCCCGCCGAGUCCGCGGAACGGAUACGCUUGCUGGCCAAAUUCGUCGAAAAGGACUACGAAAAGACUGCAAAGCUGGUAAAGCUACACAGAGACUAUAACACGCGCAUAAAAGCCGCCGAAGAGGCGCAUCAGCAAGAGUCGAUAAAUUCGCGCGACUCAGAGGAGGAUCGUGAGAUUCAACUGCUCUCGCGGAAGAUGGACGCCGGACUGUUCAACCUCCAGCUCGCCGACGUCAUUCUAGCGUGGCUCAUUGCCGAGGACGGCGGCGCAAAUCAGAAGAUUAAGCGACUGCUGGCGGAGACGGACGACGACUUUAAAUCGAUACAGAAGACGCUCAAAGAGCAACUGAAGGAGUUGGAUACCAUGGAGGAAGACAGCAAGGAUAUGGGGGAGAUGCUGAGCACCCUCAUAGAUUUCCUUGACUAA